GACUUUUCUCCAGCAAAAGGGGAAAAUAGUGAAAUUUUUUUCGUGGCUCUUUUGUGAUUUUUCUUAUUCCCAUUUACCUCAUUUUUGCAAAUUUUUCCUACACGUAACUUUGGUGCAAAUGGGACAGUGUGAUGAGCUGUUUUGCCCACAAGUGAGCAAGCAGCAUUAGUCACGCCAGCAAAAGUGCCUACAAGUGAACUCCCUGUCUAUUUAUAGACAUUUUUCUCUUGAGUUGUUCCAAAAAGUACAAAACAGUGCCAAUUAAUUAAGUCCCGUGCUAAAAGGGGGAUUUUCCUGUUAAGAAAAAAAGAAUUCGUAAGAAGUUUCAAACGCUGACACGGGGUUACUGCACCUGGAAUCACGAUGCCAGUGUUCCACACCAAGACAAUCGAGAGCAUCUUGGAGCCUGUGGCCCAACAGGUCUCCAGAUUGGUCAUCCUCCAUGAAGAAGCCGAAGAUGGCAACGCAAUGCCAGAUCUCUCACGCCCAGUUCAGGCAGUUUCGAUCGCCGUGACGAACCUCGUGAAGGUGGGCCGUGAGACGAUCAACAAUUCAGACGACGAGAUCCUCAAGCAAGACAUGCCAAAUUCCCUCGCACGCGUCGAGGAUGCUUCGCAGCUGCUUGAACAGGCCUCAGCUAUGCUCCGAGCAGAUCCCUACUCCGGCCCAGCUAGAAAAAAACUCAUUGAGGGCUCUCGUGGCAUCCUACAGGGUACCUCAGCACUCCUCCUCUGCUUUGACGAGUCCGAAGUCCGCAAGAUCAUCCGGGAGUGCAAGAGAGUCCUCGAUUACUUAGCUGUGUCAGAAGUAAUUGACACAAUGGAGGAUCUUGUGCAAUUCCUCAAGGAUCUCUCACCGUGCUUGAGUAAGGUCACGAGGGAGGUGAGUGCACGUGAGAAGGAGCUCACACAUCAGGUGCACAGUGAGAUCCUCGUGCGAUGCAUGGAACAAGUGAAGAUCCUCGCACCCAUCCUCAUCUGCAGCAUGAAGGUGUACAUCCAUAUUGUGGAGCAGGAUGGAAAGGGUGCUGGUGAAGCGGCUGAGAAUCGCAACUAUUUGGCUGCAAGGAUGUCCGAUGAGAUUCAGGAGAUCAUCCGUGUGCUUCAGCUCACAACAUACGAUGAAGAUCAGAGUGAGUUGGAUAAUCUCACGGUGCUGAAGAAACUCUCCAAUGCCAUUCACAAUAAGAUGGAAACUGCGAUGGAUUGGCUGGCCAAUCCGUAUGCCCUCAAGGGUGGUGUGGGUGAGAAGGCGCUCAGGCAGAUUGUUGAGAAUGCCCUGAAGAUCGCUGAUCGCUGUCUGCCACAGCACGCCUCGGCAAUCCGCAAAGUGGCUUCAGAUGUCACAACAAUGACCAAUGCUCUGUGUGAACUGCGCCAGGAUGGCAAGGGAACCACACCACAGGCUGAGAACUUGGCAAGAGAGAUCCGUGGUCGUUUGACUGAUCUCAAUCGCGCUGUUCACGAUGCUGUCAUUGGGGUGGAUAAGGCUGGACUCCAACAGGCUGCUCACACAGUUCAGGGACGUCUUGAGCAGGCCUGCCGUUGGCUAAACAAUCCCACGGUAGAUGAUCGUGGCCUAGGUAAGCGUGCGAUCGACUUGAUUGUCGCUGAAGGUAAACAAGUAGCCGAAGGAUUGCCAGGACAUCAGAGAGCUGAGAUUCUUGCUCUUUGCGAUGAAGUUGAAGCCUUGUCUGAUCAAUUUGCCAAACUCUGUGCUGCCGGAUUGGGAGAUACUCCUGAAGCCCGUGAGAUCGCUCACAGAUUGAAUGCUAAAUUGCACGAACUUAAGAAGCAAAUUCAAUCAGCUGUGGUUAAUCGUGUUGUUGAGGACUUUAUGGAUGUUGGGACGCCACUGAAGCAAUUCAUGGAUGCCGUUAAUGUGCCUGAAGGUACUCCUGGACGUGAGCAGAACUUUGCCCAGAAGGCUGCUGCUCUACAAGCAUUUAGCGAUCGUGCAGCAAAGACAAGUAGAAUGGUGGCUGCUGGUGGAUCUGGAGGAAAUAAGAAGCUGGCUGAAAUUUUGCUCGCUUCGGCUGCUCAGAUUGAUUCCCUGACUCCACAGUUGAUUUCAGCUGGACGUAUCAGGAUGACGUAUCCGGGAAGCAAGGCUGCGGAGGAGCAUUUGAAUAAUUUGAAGCAACAAUACGCUGAUACGAUUGCCAGGAUGCGAGCACACUGCGAUCAAGCUACUGAUCCAGCGGACUUUAUCAAGGCUUCAGAGGAACAAAUGCAGAAGCACACCUUCCUGUGCGAGGAAGCCAUCAGACAGCGUCAACCGCAGAAGAUGGUGGACAAUACCACGGGGAUCGCGAGAUUGGCUAAUCGAGUCCUUGCCGUUGUUAAUCAGGAGGCAGAUAACUCCGAAGAUCCGGAAUAUAUUGGCAAAUUGAAUGCGUGCGCAGCUGAAAUCCAGAAUCGUGUGCCACAGAUGGUGCAGGAUGCCAAGGUGGUUGCCACAAAUAUCAGUGAUCCUCAGGCAGCGUCCAAUUGGCGCGACUCCAAUAAACAACUUCUUGCCAGCAUCCGCAAUGUCCACGGUGCUGUGGCUCAUGUACCGGAGAUUCCACAGCCGCCAGACAUGUCGGCUCUCAAUCUCCACGAUCGUGCCCCACCUAGGCCACCACUUCCUCGUGACAUCCCACCAUCUCGUCCUCCACCACCUGAAACUGAUGACGAGGAUGAAGUCUUCAGGCAUGUUCCUCAGGCUAAUCAGCCAAUUCUUAUCGCAGCUCAUGGAUUGCACCAGGAAGUACGUCAGUGGUCGUCGAAGGACAACGAAAUUAUUGCAGCAGCUAAGAGAAUGGCCGUUCUUAUGGCUAGACUCUCGGAACUCGUGCAGCAGGACUCGAAAGGCAGCAAGAGGGAAUUAAUUGCAACAGCUAAACUCAUUGCUGAGGCAUCGGAGGAUGUUACGCGAUUGGCUAAGCAAUUGGCUCGGGAGUGCACAGACAAACGCAUCAGGACGAAUCUUUUGCAAGUUUGCGAGAGGAUCCCGACAAUUGGAACGCAGCUGAAGAUCCUAUCCACGGUGAAGGCUACCAUGUUGGGGGCUCAGGGCUCCGAUGAGGAUCGCGAAGCAACGGAAAUGCUGGUUGGUAAUGCCCAGAAUCUCAUGCAGAGUGUCAAGGAAACAGUUCGUGCAGCUGAAGGUGCCAGCAUUAAGAUCCGCUCCGAUCAGACAAAUAAUCGCCUUCGUUGGGUAAGACGACAACCCUGGUACAGGUACUAAAUGGUGCACGCCCCCGCACACGACCCCCGAGCAUCGAAAGAUUUUCUUAUUGAAAAAAAAAAAGUUAAAAGAAAAACGAUCCGCACACAAAUGGUGCAACACUAAAAACUAAUUCGCAAUUUUCAUAAAAAAAUAAAAACUUUUAUCGGUGUGCCUUUACUUCUCUAUAAUAUUAAAUUAAUUCUUCAUAAUGAAUUCAGAAUGCAGUUUAUUACGAGACUAAAAAUAAACUCACGUCACUCAUCCAGCACCUCAUUCAUAGCGAGCUUCAACACAUUUCAUAAUGAUUACAUAAAAAAGCAUUUAUAUGUCACGAUCACGCGCCUUUUUUUUUUAAAAAAAAAAGAUUUUUUCUGUGUAGAAAAUGUGAAUUGUUGACCAAAAUUUUUAUUAAAAAAAAAAUGUUCAAAAGA